GGGAGGUCUGUGCCACAAAGUGCUGACAGCCUCAACCUGUGACUGAUUUAGGCUGUGUUCCCUGAUUCCUCUUGAACUCUGGAAUUAUCUUUCCUGGGAGCAUCUCCCUCCCCUUUCUGCCCUGGCUGCACAAAUGUGCUCAAUUAGGGUUAACUCAAACUGAAUCAAACUUCGUGCCUGAGGUUGGAAAUCUUCCCAGUCAACUCACCACAGCCACAUAGCAUGGUGGGAGACAAGGCGACAGGGGAGAUGAACGCUUUUCAGAGAAACGAAUCCAAGGAAACUUUGUUCACUUUUAUUUCUGCAGGAGAUGAUCCCUCCAAAGGAGAUUUCCCUCUUCAGAAAAAAUCUCCGAAACUGUGUGGCUCCAACUACCCCCUGAGCAUUGCCUUCAUUGUGGUAAACGAGUUCUGUGAGCGCUUCUCCUACUAUGGCAUGCGAGCUGUCCUGACACUGUAUUUCUUAAGCUUCUUCCACUGGGAUGAGAAUCUCUCCACUGCUGUGUACCAUGCCUUUUCUGCGCUGUGUUAUUUCACACCUGUCAUUGGAGCCAUCAUGGCAGACUCGUGGCUGGGGAAAUACAAGACGAUCAUCUACCUCUCCAUUGUGUAUGUUGUUGGCCAUCUGAUAAAGUCAGUCGGUGCCAUUCCAUCCCUGGGCAACCAGGCAGUUCAUGUGGUCCUGUCUAUGGUUGGUCUGUUUUUGAUCGCCCUUGGAACGGGAGGUAUCAAGCCCUGUGUCUCUGCAUUUGGUGGGGACCAGUUUGAAGAGGAACAUACCUCAGAGAGAAGCAAGUUUUUUUCCAUCUUCUAUUUAUCCAUUAAUGCUGGAAGUUUGAUCUCCACGUUUGUAACUCCUGUAUUAAGAGGGGAUGUGAAAUGUUUUGGAGAGGAUUGUUAUGCACUGGCUUUUGGCGUCCCAGCGGCAUUGAUGGUGUUGGCACUUGUUGUGUUCAUUGCUGGAAGUGGAUUGUACAGAAAAACACCACCACAAGGAAACGUCUUGCUGGAAGUGUGCAAAUGCAUCGGUUUUGCUAUUAAAAACCGGCUGAAAAACCGCUCCCGUGAGAUUCCAAAGAGAGAUCACUGGCUGGACUGGGCUUCAGAAAAAUACUCAAAACAGCUGAUUGGGGAGGUUAAGAUGGUGACUCGUGUUCUCUUCCUCUUCAUACCACUGCCAAUGUUCUGGGCCCUGUUUGAUCAGCAGGGAUCCAGGUGGACUUUGCAAGCCACAAAAAUGAAUGCUGAUUUUGGAAUAUAUGUCCUUCAGCCUGACCAAAUGCAGUUCUUAAAUCCACUUCUUAUUCUUGUCUUCAUCCCAAUUUUUGACCUUGGGCUCUACCCCCUGAUAAACAUGUGCAAAUUGAAUUUCACACCUAUUAGGAAAAUGGCAACAGGUAUGAUCCUUGCAGGGCUGGCAUUUGGACUUGCAGCUGUUAUAGAAGUCAAAAUAAAUGAAACUGAUAUGCCUCGACUUGUCCCAAAAGAAAGUUUAAUUCGGGUCCUGAAUUUGGCCAAGAACCCUGUUCAAGUGACAAUCCAAGACAAGGACCUAUUUCAGCAGCCUGUGGAGUCUUUUCAGAACCCAGCUGAGUACUCAAAAUUAAUAUUGAAUGGAGAGCAACAGAGCCUUCACUUCACCCUGCAACAUCAAGGAUUGACUCUUGCUUUUAACUACACUGUGAAGGAAAAAUCAGUAUACAGCUUAAUUGUUUUUGCGGCAGAAGGAAGCCUGUCAAGCCACUUAAUUACAGACUUGGAAGCAAAGCCAGAAAAUGGUUUGGCAGCUGUUAGAUUCAUUAAUGGUUUGAGCCAAGAUGUCAACCUCACCGUUGAUAGCAACAAGUUCAUUGCUGUUCAGAAAAACUACAGUGCUUCUGAGUACUCACUGCUGGAGAGGGACAUAUAUAAUAAUGGAAAAUGCAUAACUGAAACAGGAGAGUUCCCCCUGGAGCUGGGGCUGCUUGACUUUGGUGCCUCAUACACCGUUGUGAUAACUAAUAUUUCUGGAGGUGCUGUUGAGAUAUGGAAGUCAGAAGACAUCAAAGCCAACAAUGUCCAUAUGGCCUGGCAGUUACCACAAUAUUUAUUGAUAUCUGCUGGGGAGGUGAUGUUCUCCAUUACGGGUCUGGCCUUCUCCUAUUCUCAGUCUCCAGCCAGCAUGAAGUCGGUGCUGCAGGCAGGCUGGCUGCUCACCGUGGCUGUGGGGAAUACCUUUGUGCUCAUUGUUGCUGAGGCUGCACCAAUGGCACAGUGGGCUGAAUUUGUCUUGUUCACUGUUCUCCUCUUUGCUGUGUGCAUUAUUUUCUCCAUCAUGGGAUAUUUCUAUGUCAGUGUGGAUCCAGAGGACCUAGAAGAAAAGGAAGAGAAGAGAGAGACCUCAAGCAGAGGAAACAUGAUUGGUCUUGUUACUCAGAAAACAAAGCUCUAACACAUCAUGGGUUGGGAUUUUUUUUCUUUUUUAAACUCAGUUAUGGUAAGGUGAAAGAAGGGUAGGGACAGUGUUAUUUUAUUGUAGAGCAUUGGAGUCUUUGUUACUCAAAAUGUAACCACCUUAUAAAUGGGACCAAAUGGCCAUCUAUAAAAACAGUGGGGGUCCUGAAAUCAGAGCAAAACUCCCUGGGAAAGCUCCUCGGGUAUUAAAAGCCCUUAUUAGUAAUUACAGUGUAAUUUAAAACGUGCCCAUCUUUUUAAGCAUGGAAUGCUUUCCUGUGAUUUUGUUUUAGACAUAUAUUUAGGGCAGCAGGGAGGAAGGGUGGAAGGAAUGCCAUAUGACACAAAAAUCUGGAAAUGUUACGAGAGAAGAAAGAGGAACAACUACUAUAGGAAUUAGGGAAGAAUAGAUGUUAGCGACAGAAGGAUUUUUAAUGCUGUCAUCAAGGACUGUAAGGGUUACACGCAAUCCCAGAGGAUUUCAUCAUGUAACUCUCUUUAUGAGUAUUUCAUCCCAUUAUUGCAUGUUAUGAAUGGUUGUGAUUUAUGAUUUUCACCUUCAGACUCAGAAGUAAUAACAGGGAAUUAAAUUCUGCAGGCUAAAAUAUUCCCAAAACACUGCUGACGAAGACAAGCAUGCUACCACCUCUCCCAUUUUUUCCCUAGAAGUUUUAAGCAACUGAUGGUGUUCUUUGAUUAGACAUGAUUAGAGAAUUGGUUUAUGCUUUCUUAUUUCAGAAUUCCAGACAGUUAUUUGCCAUUCCUAUACAUUAAGGCUUUAUUGGGCAUUUCCUUUUACAGCACCUGUCACUGCAAGUUAGGAUAGGGCUGAUUUCUUAUCUCAUGCCUCAGUUAUUCCCCACUGGGAGACAAGUUGCAGUAGUUUCUAUAAAAUUCCAGGCAUCCUGCAGUGAGUUAUUUACGAGGAUGCACUUUAUAAUUUUUUUAGUCUACAAUAGGAGACCAUGGCAUAUGAGAUUUUUCUUUUUCCUCCUUGUUUUUCUGUCUCUACCAGACUUUGGAUAUAGCAAUUUUAUUGGAAUUGUGAUAUAAUUGUCUGAUUUUCCUCAAUUGCGUGAAGCUGUGAUUUCGUGUUCUGCAUAGGAGUAACUCAACCACUGCUGAUCUAGUAAAACUCCUGAGAGAGCCCUGCCUUCCUCUGUCACUUCAAGGCCACAGUUAUAACAGGUUUGGCCUAAUUUAAAACAAGGUUCAGUAGGAUCUUCAGGUUCAGAAUAGAUUUUAAAUAUGCUUUUCUCUUCCAUCUUGGCAUUGGCCAUAGGUGGUUGCUGAUACUUGGAUUCAGGAGAUCACAAAAUACAUGUUUUAUUCCUGUUCAGGACAGUGCUAGGAAAUACACUUAGUUUGACACCUCAGGUGCUUUGAUGUGCUGCCAGUGUGUGUAUAUCUUCUUGAGUAACACUAACAAAACACAGCUUUUUGGAUUUAACUCACAGCCUAAGAUUAUUCCCUCUGCUUCCUGUCCUAAGUGGGCAUGGACUUUCACCACUAGUUCUGCAUAAGCUCCUGCCUGCUGUGAAGUAGCAUCAGGGGUUGUGCCAGAGGGGGACCAUGGUCUCAUCAGAUAAAUGAGAAGAGGCUGCAGAUGUGCACGCAGGAACACUAGGGGUGGUUCAGUCCAUGCAGAGACAUUUAUUAAGCUGUGGUGGCUGGAUCCGGGCAGCUGAACCCUACAACUCCAUGCAGAAUGAAGGGCAUUGAAAGCCACCAAUUAGGUCAUCCAGCCUGCUUUACAGAAGCCAAAUGAGGAUUAUUCCCCUGUUCUUUCUGGUAUUGUUCUCCUGCUGUGAUUCUUUGUGUGGGUUCUUUCUUCUCCAAGCAUUGUUGUUUUCCUAAUCCCAUUUUAUGACACACUGUGAAUCAGCUCAGAGGCUGCUGAAUCACUCUGCUGUGAUGCUGUUUGACCAACUUCCAGUUUGAAGCACUAAUAGAAAGCAUUUCUUCCUCCACCCACUGCAAACAAAACAAAAAUUCCCAAACUGAAGGAAUGGCCAGGCUCCAGUAACACUGAACAAACACAAUUUAGAAUUAUUGGAGCAUUUAAUUUUUUAUAAGCCUUGAAUUUAAAAUUAUGUUGGUGUUUGAGGGCAUAUGUGGUGUAGAGACAAAUGAAAAUCAUUGAAGUACUUUCCUUGGGAAGCAUUGGUAAGCAGUUCAGAGUUGCAUGAGGCAAAGCAAGGUAUCCAGAUCUCUAAGAUUACAUAUGUGUGAGAACCUCCUGGUUUUUUUUUUUUUUCUUCCUUAUUGGCUACACUACCAGAAGCUGUCACAGACUCUGAGCUUAAUUUAAAGGGAUCAUUCCAAGCUCAUAAAAGAUACAUUUAGGAUGUCAUCUGUAUGUGCUUUUUAGACUCUUGAUGCCAAAUUGCCCUUUUCCAAACAUCUCCAUGUUCCAAACCGUCACCAUAAUGCUGGGGGGAGGAAAAAUUGCAAUUCACAGUUGGGAAGAUUAUAAACAAGAAGGCAAUGCUAUAAAUAAAGUGCUAACACAAGGCUAGGGGCUGCUCCUGCAGCCCCUCCCAGGAAUUUCUUGGGGGACUAUAGGGCUCUGUUCACAUUUCUCUCAGAGAUGAACCAGUUACUUCUUCCCACCUGCUCAUCAUCACCUAUUGGAAGCUUUUUCCUUUUCUGAUCUGCCUGCUUGGUUGCUGGUAUGAUCCUUCCCUACUGCUUCAGCUGCUGUUGUAGCUUUGCUAAAUUGGACCCAUUUAUUUGGAAUGCACCAGCAGUUUGGAGGGAUUUCCACUGGCAUGCUCACAAACAGCCAGGAGCAGGCUGGGGGCUGUAACAAUGAGCUGCCCCUUCUGUAGCUGGAGAAGGUAGAAAAACAGCACAUUCAGCAUAGCACUUCUCCAGUUUUAGAGCCACAACUACAUCCUUGGAGGCCUUGCAUCACUUUCAAAUGGACUCAAGACUGGAUCAAAGGGUUGAGACUUGAUUCCAUUGAGUAAUGGAGUCUCUGGGUUUUUCUUCCAUAUGGUCACCUCAGAGAUGGGGCCAUGCUCAGCUCUUCAUGCCCAAUUUUAGAAAAAUAUUUUUUAUUCCUCACAAUUCUUUGCUUUAGGAUCACAGGGUGGGAUCCAAAGUAGUCAUAGUAUAUGUAAAGCUGAAUGAACCUCUACAGAGGAAUAGCAACCUGCUGCCUGUCCAGCUUCGCCUGUCACUGAAGACUCUCAGCUGUUGGUGAAACUUUCCCUGGCACAGAUUAGGGAAAGUUCACUCCAGCUUACCUACAGGAAUUAUUCUCUCUAGCUGAGGGACAGGGAAGAGGUGGUGGGGAGCUGCAGAUGUGUUGCUGCACAAACCUCCAUGGAGAUUGCAGGGGUUUGGCUUUGCUCUGUAAGUAUGUGUGUUUAUCUGUUUCUCUGAAAGGUGCUUUCUGAGGAAGAUAUUUUUGUCAGAAAAUUUCCCUUCAUUUGCACUUGCUAUUGCCCUUUUCCCCCUUAGCAGGUUGUAAGUGUGACCAGUGUUAUUUCCAAUUUUCCAUGAGAUAUGCAUAAAAAUGAAAUUUCAAACUGAGCAAAACAACAUUGCUGUCAGUUCCUCACAUUUACCUCUUUCUGAGGCAGUCGAAUGCCUUUAGGUAGCAAGUUCUCUCUGCAGCUCAAGGGGCUUGCAUUUCUCUUUUCUUCAUCUUCUUUUCACUGCAAUCCAGAAUUCCAGAAGAUGAGCCCUGGGAGGGCUUCAUGGGCCUGGCUUGGAUGCAGCUGGUGUGUGCUGUCACCACUGACUGGGAAGCAGGAGCCUGGCCAGGUCAGGAGCUGGUUCCUCUCUGGAUACCCAAAUGGGCCUAGCAAAGUAGACUGAGGCAGGGCUGGCCCUGGUGGAAGUUGUGAUUUACUGGGCAGUGACCUAGGUGUGAGGUUUAUUGUGAAAGUGAAAUGUAAGCGAGUUGAAGAAAAGGUUUUCACUUUAUUUGGCUCUGCCCUGAGGCAAGGAAACUGCAGACUGAUGGGCAGGGAGGAAACAAAGGGCUGUUUGGUCAAGGUCUUCCCAAUUCCUCAAUGAAAAUCUGAAUUUACAUUCAAUUAAUUGCAGAGAAUAUGAGAUGAGAGAAGAGGAAAGGUCACAUGAUUAAACAGUGGAUGAAUUAAGGUGUUUAAGACGAUCACUUUCCUAGCUGGUGGUGAAGGGUCACUGGGGGAGAUGAUCACCCAUGGAUUGAAAAUGGGUUUGGCAUUCCAGAGUACUGCAAAAACCAGCAUGAAGACCAGCAAUGGUGGGUCUGCACUGUCCAGAGGGGGAGGUGACUUUCCCUGGCAAUAUCCCCACCAUCCAUGGGAGCCACCACCUUGGCUUAACUGUUGGGACAGGACAAACAACUGAAUGUUAUUACAGAUGUAAUUAGCACUGGACGAGAGCUACAGUUAGGGGUGGUUAACAAGUUUUAGCCAGGGUUGUACACAGAAGGAUAAUCUCCAUUUUUCUCUGCACUGAAUUUCUUUUCUGAGCUACAAGAAUCACUUUCUAGCACAAACUACUUAAACUUGGGAGAUCAACGCCAUGGCAAAUACCACAGCUGCUGAAUUUUGGAUGGUACCAGACUCUGCAUUUCAUUAUCACUACAUUUGUUAGUGUGAUACAAUUGUAAAACAGCAUUUAAGAGAUACAUCUGGUCCUAGAUGUUGACAGAUCUGGCCAGGUUUUGCAUGUUGAUAGCUGGACUCACUAGCUGUUGAUAGCUAGUCUUUCAUGCUCAUGUGUGUGAUAAACCUCUCAUGUACAAGUAGAUAUGGGGCCUUUAGAAUUCUCCAGCAAUUUAGAAAAAAAGCCCCAAAGUUCCACAUGAAGCUGGCUAAACAUGAACUGGGGUAUUGCUUCCUUGAGGGAGCUUCCCAUGUGCUUUGUAAAACAGGGACCCUCAUUAAUUUCCUGCAAAGUGCUCCCCAGAGAGACAAAAAUGGGAGACACAAACAUUUUGCCUUGAGAAGGGCUCAUGUUGCCUGAUGGAAAUUGCAUGAAAGAAAAUAAUUGCUUUGCUUAAGGUCUCUCCUUCCUCACCAUCUCAGAUGGACAAGGAAGGAAGCAAGUUUCUUACUGAGCUUUGUAUCAAGGAGCUGCUGCAUCUUUUCAAAGUCUUUCAUGCCGUGUUUUGCCAGCAGAUCAGCAUUAACCUGGCUCCAGCACCUGUAGAUCAGAAGACUGUCAGGAUGCAGAGCAGCCACACAGCAGGCUCCCACAGUCUGCUGAUCAACUCUGAUCUCUUCAUUUUUAAUGAAGAGUUGUGGCAGUUAAACUGCUGGGCUCAGUCAGUCAGAAUUGCUCUAAAUUUAGGCCACAACUAAGGACCUGAGAGAACGGUAAUCAACAAGAUAAACAGCUAAAGUCUCAAAAACCUGCUAAAACAUUACUUAGUGCUUAAUUAAAAUUGUAAUAUGCUUACAGAGAGUAAAAAUGUAAACCUGAAUUUAGCAAUUCAGUCAGAGCAAUGAGGAGCUGUAUCUGGAAUCCACCAACGUGACAACUGACAACCAAGAUGAAGAUACACAAAUCAAGCAAACAUCCCUCUUUAGAUUAUUUUUUGUCAUUGCAUACAUCAUACAGUCUGCUUUGCCUGUCCUGUUGGAUCUACCCAUGUGUGUAAGGAAAAGAAGUUGAUCUGACUUGCCAUGUACCCUUUCCAAGCUGCAGCCUGGUUCUCCUCUUGUUGCAGACUCCCAAGUUAGCUCCAAAUGACUCCCUUUGCUAAGCAGUCAGCCCCCUCAGUCCCACAUGCUGAUCUUCCUUCCCCACAAGUCACUUCUCUCUGAUGACUUUGCCAGCCCUCAGGACCAUGCUAAUUCCUCCACUCAUGCAGCCUCUUUGCCAGCAGCAACAGCGUGUUUGUUUAGGAGCUGUCCUGGACAAUGCUGCCCGCUUUCCUGCACCCAGAAAAGCUGCUGACCCACAGGAGAACAGUGUCUGGGCAGAGACCGUGCUGAGCCAAAUAUCUGGGUGGCAUCUGUCCUGGCUGCUUUGCCUCUGGCCUUUUGUCACAGCUUCAUAUGCCCCGACACAUCUGUAGGCAAAUCAGUUCAGAGCACAGGGGUUGUCCAGAAUCUCCCUCCCAUCUAUCCUGUGCCUGGUUAGCUGCCUGUAGUCAGCCCUUGUGUUGUGCCAAGUCAAGCCACAGGGACUUCUGGACUGACACACUGCUGUCACCAGCCCUAGAGAAUCCAUUGGUGCUGCCUGUGGUCCCAGAUGCUUACAUAUUAUUUAUGUCCCUGCUCUGCCAGCCAGUUUGAGUCUCUUGCGCAGAAGUUAGAUAAAGCCACACAGGCUGUGUCCAUCUCAGCAGUGGUGUGUGGUCAGUGGGCUGCCUUUGCCAUCACAGACCUGCCAUCAGCAUGGAAACAGCAGCUUGUGGAAGGGGGCAGCUCCUCUGUUACCAGUGCCAGAUGGUGUCAGUGGGGCUGGCUCUGUGGCCAUUCCAGGCUUGGCCUUUUAAAAGUCAGUGUCAGUGUUCUGCUGAGAGCCCUGUCCUAUCACUGUGUAUUACCAUGUGCUGCCAGGCUUCAGCUUCUGAAUCUGUAUCCUGGCAGGACACUUUCUGCUCCUUUUUGGUUUACUUGUCCAUCCCCCAGUGACCAGGUGUUGGGUAAUAACUGGCAUCUCCCAGAUCUUGCUGUGUCUGUGUACCACUCACAAAUGAAGUUUCUUCAAAUGGAAGUUAAUUUACUUGGAGCUCUACCCAAGUCUGCUUGGAGCUGCUGGGAGCCUUUGUUUAGGCUCUUUCUCUUUUUAACCUGUGCAUCAAAACACUUUCCAAGCAGCCUUCAUGCUGUCCUCACCAAGGAAAGAAACCUCUCAAAGGUGCUGUACCAAUAUGGAUUUUCCCUGCCCAAGUUAGAGGUGUAACAGGCCAGCAGGAAUCCACCAGGCACCAGGAGCUGCUGUCUUUCAAAAAGACAAACUGCUGUCAGUCACAGUGGCUCCCCCCAUGCAGUCCAGCUCCUGCUGUGCCCUGAGCUCAAUGGAUGCUCCGAUGCCUCUCUGGGGGCUGCAACUCCCAGGUCCAGCACUGGCCAGCCCAUCUGUGUGCCAGUCAUGGGCUGCCAGUGCCAGCUUUGCUUCCUGACACUUUAUACAGCCCAAAAUCUGCAGAGCAAAGAGAAGACAGUUCCCUCUUUCCAUAGAGUGUAUUUAAUUUGCACUGCUCCUUUCUCACCACAGCCAGUGUCAUCAGUGCCCUUUUAUUUCAGGGAUGGCCAAGGAGCUGUGCAGUCCCCAUCUCACCACUUGGAGCAAGGGGAGGUUUGGGCUUUCCCACUCUGCCCACCCACAAGCACCUUCCUGGAAGCUCUCCUCAGAUUCAGGUCCUCCACCUCUCCCUCAUGAGACCAAGGAUUUGACACUGUUUUUAACCAGUCAGUCCUUUUGUGUGGAUUAGCCAGCUUGGGUAAUGUUUGCACUUUACCCUUUGCUGUCUGCUGGUUGUGGAUUUAUUUUUGGAGCUAAUAUCACUGCUUUUCUUUAAAUUUUCUCCCCAAAGGUUGUCCUGAACCACCUGCACUCUCUGUAUAAAAUAAAUAAAUGGCCUUGGCUGUUUGCAGGUAGAUGUUUUAUCCACCUUCCACCAAAACUUUGAUAAUGCCAUGAAGGAUCCCUCUGCACUAAUGGUGCCAACACAGUCCUUUACAUCCCUACUGGAGGAUUUCUUUGUUCCUUCCCUGCACCAUCUUUUUGUAUGUGCUGCUUGUAACCAAAGGGCUUGUGCUCCAUUUCUCACAGCCCACAGCACUCCUUGCUUCUGUAAUGCAGGCUCUGAGUUCCCUCUUCCAUUUGAGCUGAAAACUAUUAAAGGCCAUUGAGAGCUUCAGAACCAGCUGGGAUUUUUCUAGCAAAGUUUUUUUUUUUUAAUUAUUUUUUUUUCCUACUGUGUUCACAUCCAUCACUUGCAGCUUGGGAGUGAAACAGUGCUCCAGUCUUGUCCUGUCAACUCUCUGAGGAGAAGGCUGAGCUUUUAGCUUUUCCAUUAAACCCUUAUCUGUGAUGCUUUUGGUCCUAAUGUUCAUUGUUCAGCAUCCCUUGAAGCCUGGGAUUUUGGUUCCUUUCUUUGGGUUUUUACUUCAGUUUGCUCAGCAUUUUUUAGCUGGUGUCACUGUAUCAUACCUCCUGGGGUCCACUGACCUGUUGGGUUGAAAAUGAGCAGAGAAGUCAUCCCAGUGGUUUUAAAAGAUGCUCAACUCUGAAAGGUUUGGGCUUCUUUAAAGCUUAGGGAAGAGCAGGCACUUUUUCAUGCAAAGGUGUAUUUUUCAUGCUUAACUGCAUCCUGCUCUGUCUGGGAGGGGAUGCUCCCAGGUCAAAGCAGCUCCACCAUCCACAGCACUUUGUGCCUGCUUGCCUCUGGCUCUGUGUUUCCUAGCUUGGAUUUCUCUGCUCUUGGCCUCUCCUUGGUGGGUCUCUCACAGCUGUGAUACUCACUCAGAGGUAAAUAUUGCCUCCAGCAAUUUAUUUUACCAGUCUCAUGUCGUUGCUUGUGGUGACACCAAUCAUGGAAUUUAUUUUGCCUUUUCAGUCUCCACUGUUUUUACAGGUUGCUGCUGUGAUUUCUCUUGAUUCAGACUGUCAAGCUCUUGCCAUUUUUGUCUUCCUCCUCAUGGCUUCCCAUUAUCAAUGCUGUACUUGGAGUCCAAGUGCCCUUCAUGCCCCAAAUCUGCAAGAUAAGUAAACUUAGAAAAUCAUUAGGGCGGACUUUGACCGCUCCUGUCUCCAUCAAAGACUAGGAUUAAAUUAAGUCCCUUUGAUAAACUGAGCUGAUGGGCCCAUUUGGAGUGCACAUGUGGUAUUAUGGGCCUCGUGGGACUUAUGAUUAAAAGACACGAGAGAACACAAUUAUUUAGAGAGCUACCAGGAGAUUGCUGUAGCUCACUAGUCACUUCUUUAUCAGAACAAAAGAAGAGUCCAAUUCUCCAGGGUGACAGGCAGCUCCUGGGAAGUGUCCAUAGGUCUCUAAUUGCUGCGGGAGGCGCAGCUCCCGCUUUGAUGUGUGCUGGAACACUGCGGGAGGGUGCCGGAGAAAGCCACUCCAGCCACUUCUGUCCCCAAGGCACUUGGUCCAGGACUGAAACCUUCCACACAGCUGGCUUCUUUUAUCUCUUUUUACGGUUCCUUGGGUUGUUGGUUGGUUUUUUUUGUUUUUUUCUUUCUUUUUUUUUUUUUUUCCCCACCAUAAACUGCAGUUGCUUUUGCAGCAAGAUAGAGCUCAGCUGGGUUUCUUUGCUGGACUGUGAUCACAUCCUGACCAGCACAGGGAGCUUGGUGCAACCAGAGCUGACUCCCUGCACCAAAUCUUCAAGGCAGGGCUGGGUCUUGACCCAACAGGAAAAGUCAUUUUAGCUUAGGCUCUGCAGCAAGCCCUGGAGAUGAGGAAUGUCUGACUGGACACAAAUACAAUUUUGCGUGUUGUUUUUUUUUUUUUUUCCCUCGGGGUCAGGCUAUUGAGUCAGGGCUGGAUAGCAUAUAUAAUUGUAGCAAGGCUAUUUUUCUCUUUUAUUUUUUUUUUAAAAGGAACAUUCAUGCUGCAUUUUAAUUACAACGUUUAGAACAUGUCCAAAUAACUUGAGCUCAAAUUGAUCUUGUUUUUCAGGAAGCUUGUUUUUCAUCUAUUAUUAUAAUAAAUGUGCUAUUGAUAGUAGUUUAGGUGCAAUACAGCAAAGCUUUGUGUUAUACAUCAGCUCUGAAGGCUCAAAAUUUUCUUAUUAUCCAUUAUUGACAUGACAGUUUACAAAUAUUUAACAAACAAAUUACCAGGUUUUCCUUGUUCCCUCUUAGUUUGCAGUCUCAGUCCUCUUGACAGCUGAAUUCAGGAUUAAUGAUGAUCUUGUUUAAGAUGAUUGUUUGCUAGCAAAUAGGUUUAUUCUCUAAACCUACAAGUACAGUAGAAGAACUAACACUGACACUUUGAAUUAAAUCUCAUCCUAAAAGCAAAUUUUUUAGCUUUAUUCCAUCCAGUUCUCUGAAGAAGAAAUUGGAUUUGCCUGGUAAAAUGCUUAGACCUGUUAAUAAUUUUUUAGUUUAUGUAGUCAUUUUAAAUAUAGAUACUUAACAUGAAGGGCUGGCAAAAGGAGUAUUUUUUCUCUGCCAGCCCUGAGCUUGCUGGGUCUAGUCAGGCUGUAAAUGUUUUAGAAUGCUUUCUGAACACAAGCAGAGGAGCAAAGAGACCACCCUGACCCUCCAUGGAAAAGAGAGAUCCAGAAGGACAAGUUGGAUUUGCUUCUCUGUACAGCACUGGAGGCAGCACAUGGAAACUUUGAGCCCAGGUCCUGGGAGUGAUAAAGCACAUCCCUGCUUUGCAGCAGCUGCUUCUCCACCUGCUCCAGGUCUGAGCAUGGGGUGAAGGGCACAGAAAGGGGGGGAUGGCCAACAUCUGCCUGGGAAGGUUGCUGCUGCUGUGGAUGGCUGCAGGUGAAGCAAGGAAGGUACUACACCCCCUGGGAAAGCAUCCCUAGAGGAAUCAGGGGCAUCUUCUGGGAGGAAGCACAGCGGAGGAAUAGAGACUGAAAGAGUGUGUGAAGCACCCCCUUCAGAGCACGUCCUGGGCACUGGGCCAUCCCUGCCCUGUGCUUUCUGAUCUUGGGCUUUGCAUGCACAAUACAGGAAUUCACUGGUGUGUGGGCCUGGCUUUGGAGAUGAGAAGUGAAUUUGUUCUCAAGAAAAAUCACUCAUUGUUGGCAGAAAAUCUGUGAGUUGGGUUCCCCAAGGGCAUAGUGUUUGAAAAUCACAGAUGAUUAAAAGAUAACACAUUUGAGGGAUUGUUUGGUUUUGUUUGGUGUUUUGCUUGGGUUUUUUGCUUCAUUUUUGUUGUUGUUUGUUUGUUUGUUGUUUUGUUGUUGUUUUUGUUCUUGUGGAAGGCGUAUGGGUUUUUUGCCUUUUGGGUAUGGCAAACUAAAUGCCACACAUAAAUUUCUCCACAACUGACCUGGCCACAAUUUUUUUUUGUUUUAACACAGGAAAAUCUGAGACUCUCAUUAAAAGAGGAGGUCUCCCACCUGAGUUCUGAAAUACCAAAUGCCACACUAGCAAAAAUGACUUGGCAGGUUUGAGUGUAGUUUAUCACAUCAAUCUUAAACAAAGAUAAACCAAAUCAAAUCAGACUUGAUGAAAUUGAAUAAAAACAUGCUUGGCUAGAAA